AGAUAAGGAAAAAGAUAGUAAGGGAAUUGAGCAAAAAGAUAGGAAGGGAUUGAAGAGAAAACCAAUUUGAUCAUGUUUAGCUACUUCUCACAUUAUAUUAAGAGUUCUUAUACAAAGUGCUGGCUUCAUAGGUAGUGCUUGACAAGAGGGCUGUACAUGCAGUACUGAAGCGUUUACUUUCGGUUGUCUGGGUGGAAAUUAGUCCUCACUUUUAUAUAUAUAUAUAUAUAAAACUUUUCCAGAGAAAAGGGAGGAGAGAGAGAGAGAGAGAGAGAGAGAGAGAAUGGGUUCAAAAUCAAUGGAGGAAGGAACUGGAAAAGGCCAAACAGGGAUCAGCAAGUAUGCUUGUGCUUGUUCUAUAGUUGCUUCUAUGAUCUCCAUCAUAUUUGGCUAUGAUACUGGCGUCAUGAGUGGAGCAAUGAUAUUCAUAAAAGAUGAUCUCAAAAUCGAUGAUACCCAUGUACAAGUCCUCGCCGGAAUCCUAAAUCUAUGUGCCUUAGUGGGUUCCCUUUGCGCCGGAAGAAUUUCUGACUACAUCGGCCGGCGAUACACAAUCGUCAUAGCCUCCAUCAUCUUUUUGGUUGGUUCAGUUCUAAUGGGUUAUGGCCCAACUUACGCAGUUCUCUUGGCCGGAAGGUGCACCGCCGGCAUCGGCGUAGGCUUUGCACUCAUGAUUGCACCGGUUUACUCUGCCGAGAUUUCAUCUCCUUCAACACGAGGCUUUCUCACCUCUCUACCGGAGCUCUGCAUUAGUCUCGGCAUAUUACUUGGCUACAUUUCUAACUAUUUUUUUGCCAAAUUGACUCUGAAACUUGGAUGGAGAAUGAUGCUUGGUGUAGCAGCAAUUCCUUCUAUUGCCUUGGCCGUUGGAAUUCUGAAGCUGCCAGAGUCUCCUAGGUGGCUUGUAAUGCAGGGCCGUCUCGGUGACGCAAGGAAAAUCUUAUUGGAAGUUUCCGGCGACGCCGAGGAGGCCGAAGGUCGGUUGAUGGACAUAAAGACAGCUGCUGGAAUAGACGAGAAUUGCACAGAUGACAUAGUCAAAAUUCCAAGGAAGACCCACGGUGAAGGGGUGUGGAAAGAGCUGUUGUUGAGGCCAUCACCACCAGUCCGGUGGAUCUUACUGGCGGCGGUUGGAAUUCAUUUCUUCGAGCACGCCACGGGAAUUGAAGCUGUUGUGCUCUACGGUCCAAGAAUCUUCAAGAAAGCUGGAGUUACCAGCAAGCAAAAGCUCUUGCUAGCCACAGUUGGAGUGGGACUUACAAAGACUGCGUUCAUACUAACAGCCACCUUCUUAAUUGACAAAGUUGGGAGGAGGAAAAUGUUAUUAACAAGUGUUGGGGGUAUGAUUGUGGCAUUAACAGGACUGGGGUUUGGCCUAACUAUAGUGGAGCAUUCUCAUAAGCAACUCGUCUGGGCACUGAUCCUCUGCAUUGCUGCUGUAUACAUAUUUGUUGCAUUCUUCUCAAUUGGUCUGGGACCCAUUACAUGGGUGUAUAGCUCUGAGAUUUUUCCUUUGAAGUUAAGGGCUCAAGGUGUUGGUAUUGGGGUGGCAGUGAAUAGGAUUAUGAAUGCUGCAGUUUCAAUGAGCUUUAUAUCAAUCUAUAAAGCAAUCACCAUUGGAGGGGCUUUCUUUAUGUUUGCUGGUGUGGCUGCGGUGGCUUGGUUCUUCUUCUACUUCUUCUUGCCUGAGACUAAAGGGAGAAGUUUGGAAGAGAUGGAGGAUAUUUUCAGCAAGAGGGUGAGAACUAAAGAUGUGGCCAUGGAAAUGCAGUCUUCACAUUAACAUAUAUGCAGUGACUUAAUUAAUGGACAAAGUUUAUGGAAAAGAUCAUUUGCUUCUAUCUACUAGAUAGAAGACCGACAUGGGAAUUAGAGUUCAAGAUUUCUGAAAAAAUUUAGCAAAUUCUGAUGUAAAGAUAAGAAUGGGCUGCUUAAAUAUCUUUGUGUGAAUACUAGGCAUGAUAAUAAUAAGUUGGAUGGCUAGCUUGAUUUGACCUUUAAUUCUUGGGGUGGUUUAAUGGUUGAAAUUAACCUAAAGUAACCUAGAUAUUUCAAAUUCAAUUCUUU